CUUUUUUUCCUUGGUAUACUAUAGUCAUCGCUCCUCUUCCUUUGCAAGCGACUCCAUUCAUAAUCUCUCUUUCUGUGUAUUUGCUUUGUACAAGAAAACUCCCAUUUGCGUAUUUCAAUCAUUCGGCCCUGAAAAACAGAGAAAAGAAAAGAAGAGACCCACAAAAUAUAUCUCUAUUUCUUCACUUCCUUCCACUUUUUAGGGUUUAUUUUCUCGUUAUGCCCCGGGAAAGAUCCAUUCUUUCUUUGUUAUAACAGGUGAAUUUGUGGGUUUUUAGAUAUAACUAUUUGAGGAAGAGAUGGGUAGAGGUAGGGAUAGGGAUAUUUCAAGGUCUAGAUCGAGGUCACCAGCAUAUAAGAGGAGAUAUUCACGGUCACCCUCGCCUGUGGUGCGCAGACAUAGCCGAAGAAGCAGGAGAGAUAGAAGCAGAUCCCCUUAUACUUAUAGCAGAAAACGAAGCCGUUCAUUGUCCCCUAGGCGCCGCAAAAGUCGUUCUCCAGCCACCAGACGUCAUAAGAGUCGCUCUCCAAGGAACCAUAGGAGACAGAGAAGUAGGAGUACCUCAUUGUCUCCUAUUGGUAAAUCACCUGGUUCAAGUAUUGGAUCGAAAGAGCAAAAGGGUAUCAGUGAAAAAAAUAAACUUGAUGAAGAGGAGAAGAAAAGGCGUCAAGAGGAAGCAGAACUGAAAUUAAUAGAAGAAGAAACUGCAAAAAGAGUUGAAGAUGCAAUUAAGAGAAAAGUUGAUGAAAGCUUGAACAAGGAGGAGAUCAAGCUUGAAAUUAGAAGGCGAUUAGAAGAUGGUAGAAAGAAACUUGUGAAUGAAGUUGCUGCUCAACUUGAAAAAGAGAAGGAAUCUGCUCUUAUUGAGUUGAAACAAAAAGAGGCAAGUUAUUUUUGCUUAAAUAUAUGUGGUUACCAUGAACAAGCUCGAAAAGAAAAAGAAGAGUUGGAAAGAAUGCUUGAAGAGAAGAGGCGAAAAGUGGAAGAAGCUCAGAGAAGGGAAGCUAUGGAGCAGCAAAUGAAGGAAGAACAGCGUUAUAGAGAACUGGAAGAGCUCCAAAGACAGAAAGAAGAGGCUUUGCGAAGGAAAAAACAACAAGAGGAGGAAGAGCGUGCAAAGCAAAUGAAAGUGUUGGGCAAGAACAAAUCCAGGCCUAAGUUGUCGUUUGCAUUGGGUUUGAAAUGAUAAAUGACUUUGCCUUGUGAUUAUUAUUUUAACGGUCAUGAUCUUGUUGAUCACCAAAGGCAAUUGGUUUUUCAUUAGAGUUGGGAAAACCAAGUUUUGUUGGAUACCCUUUCUUUAUGUUCCUCCAUUUUUUCUGUAAUCUUAAGUACUUGCUGAGUAUAUUUUCUUCGUCGUAGUUGGCUAAUCAAUGCACUGUUUUCAACUGAUGUAAUUUAGGGCCAACAUUACUAGCAAGUUGUGAUAUUGUUGUUGUUACCAA